UCUAUCCGCUUCGAGCCAAUUGCGUUUCCGGGGUGCCGCACGCCCUGCCACAUCACAUCAGGAGCGCCUCCUCCUCUCACUUAAAUACACUUUUUCGUGCUCUUCUCGUGGUCUCCGCAUUCAGUGUGACUCAACGCUAUAUCAGUCAAGAUGGCUCAGCAAUUUCCAACCCUCUCUCCGGAGCAGAAGAAGGAGCUCUCGGAAAUUGCUCAGAGGAUAGUGGCCCCGGGAAAGGGAAUCCUGGCGGCAGAUGAGUCAACCGGCACCAUGGGAAAGCGUCUCCAGAAGAUCAACGUGGAGAACAAUGAGGAAAACCGUCGCUGCUUCCGUGACCUCCUCUUUACAUCUCCUGACCCCGUCCCUCAAGCCAUCGGAGGGGUGAUCCUGUUCCACGAGACGCUCUACCAGAAGUCAGACAAAGGAAAGCCCUUCCCCCAAGUCAUCAAAGAAAGGGGCAUUGUUGUUGGCAUCAAGGUGGACAAAGGUACAGCUUUUCUGAAUGGAACAGAUGGAGAGACAACCACACAAGGUCUUGACGGCCUCUCGGAGCGCUGUGCCCAGUACAAGAAAGACGGCUGCGACUUUGCCAAGUGGAGGUGUGUGCUCAAGAUCUCAGACAGCUGCCCCACAGCUCUUGGCAUUGCAGAGAAUGCCAACGUACUGGCCAGAUAUGCCAGCAUCUGCCAACAGAAUGGACUGGUGCCUAUUGUGGAGCCAGAGAUCCUUCCAGAUGGAGACCAUGACCUGCUAAGAUGCCAGUAUGUCACUGAAAAGGUUCUGGCUGCUGUCUACAAGGCUCUGUCUGAUCAUCACGUAUACCUGGAGGGAACACUGCUGAAGCCCAACAUGGUCACAGCUGGACACUCCUGUACCCAGAAGUUCACCCCUCAGGAGGUCGCCAUGGCUACCGUGACAGCUCUUCGGCGCACCGUGCCAGCUGCUGUGCCGGGCAUCUGUUUCCUGUCUGGUGGCCAGAGUGAGGAAGAGGCCUCGCUCAACCUGAACGCCAUCAACCAGGUGGCGCUCAAUCGCCCCUGGAAGCUCACCUUCUCAUAUGGCCGUGCGCUGCAGGCGUCCACUCUUGCAGCCUGGCAGGGCAAAGCUGCCAACAAAGCCGCUGCGCAGGAAGUUUUCUGCAAAAGGGCCAUGAUCAAUGGCCUAGCUGCUAAAGGAGAGUACAAGGCCACAGGGUCGUCCGAGCAGGCUUCCAUGCAGUCUCUGCACACGACCAACUAUGUCUAUUAAAUGCUCUGACCUCAAGUGUCGACACACUUGGACCAAAUAUGGAGGACCUGAAACGCCUCUGAUGGAUGGAUGGAUGUUAUCUCAAAUGGGGAUUGCCUUAUAACGUUGAGCUACUGUUUGCCUUCCGAAAGGAAUAAAUUAAGGGACCAAAAUGA